UGCAAACAAGCGUGUCAGCUGAUUCGAGCCGAGUGCGCCGUCAUCCCGGCUAUAAGCGCGCGACCUCCCGGGCCUCCGCUGUGACCGGGCCGCCGCCGCCGCCGCCGCCAUGCAGGUCCCCAGCCUGUUGCUGCUCGCCCUCGGCCUGCUGGCCGCGCCCGCCGCCGCGCUCGUCAGAAUCCCACUGCACAAGUUCAAGUCCAUCCGCCGGACCAUUUCAGAGGCGGGGGGCCCCGUGGAAGGCCUGAUCGCGAAGGGUCCCAUGUCAAAAUACUCGCAGGGGGCACCUGGUGUGACCGGCGGGCCCAUUCCAGAGUUGCUCAAGAACUACAUGGACGCCCAAUACUAUGGGGAAAUCGGCAUCGGGACGCCCCCACAGUGCUUCACGGUGGUCUUCGACACCGGCUCCUCCAACCUGUGGGUCCCCUCGAUCCACUGCAAACUGCUGGACAUCGCCUGCUGGAUCCACCACAAGUACAAUAGCGACAAGUCCAGCACCUACGUGAAGAACGGCACCUCCUUCAACAUCCACUACGGCUCGGGCAGCCUCUCCGGGUACCUGAGCCAGGACACCGUGUCGGUGCCCUGUGGUGCGGCUUGGUCGACCCUGGGCGGCGUCAGGGUGGAGAGGCAGACCUUCGGGGAGGCCAUCAAGCAGCCAGGCAUCACCUUCAUUGCGGCCAAGUUCGACGGCAUCCUGGGCAUGGCCUACCCCCGCAUCUCCGUGAACAACGUGCUGCCCGUCUUCGAUAACCUGAUGCAGCAGAAGCUGGUGGAGAAGAACGUCUUCUCCUUCUACCUGAACAGGGACCCAAACGCACAGCCGGGGGGUGAGCUGAUGCUGGGCGGCAUCGAUUCCAAGUACUACAAGGGGUCCCUGUCCUAUCAUAACGUCACUCGCAUGGCCUACUGGCAGAUCCACAUGGAGCAGGUGGAUGUGGGCAAUAGCCUGACGCUGUGCAAGGGGGGCUGCGAGGCCAUCGUGGACACCGGCACCUCCCUCAUAGUGGGCCCCGUGGAGGAGGUGCGCGAGCUACAGAAGGCCAUCGGGGCCAUCCCGCUGAUCCAGGGCGAGUACAUGAUCCCCUGUGAGAAGGUGUCCAGCCUCCCCGAGGUCACCCUGAAGCUGGAAGGCAGAAGCUACAAGCUGUCCUCAGAGGACUACACGCUCAAGGUGUCGCAGGCCGGGAGGACCAUCUGCCUGAGCGGGUUCAUGGGCAUGGACAUCCCCCCGCCCGGCGGGCCACUGUGGAUCCUGGGCGACGUUUUCAUCGGCCGCUACUACGCCGUGUUCGACCGUGAGGAGAACCGGGUGGGCCUGGCCGAGGCUGCCAGGCUCUAGCCGGCCCCUGCCCACUGGCAGAGAGAGGACGAGAGUCCAGUAGGAGGAGGCCAGCCACCCCCCACCCUCCCGGCCCGCCUCACCACACACACUUGCACACUCACACUCGCCUGCUCACCGCCCGGUGCUCUGGAGGCCACUGGCCCAAAGGGCUGCUGUUUUGUUUUGUGGUUUUCCCUUCUCUGGUUUCAGAAAUGCCGCCUGCCUGCCUGUCUGUCUGAUGGCGGGCUGGGGCCCCCGGGCAGAGCCAGUGGGCUGCUCCAGUGUACCGAGCCGUUUCACUAACUUGAAAGACCCGGCCUGGUGUGGCAGCCAGUGAGUUUGUUGUGCAUGCCUGGACCCCCGCCCCCAGGGAGUUCCCGCCCCAGCCUGCGCCCCGGGGCACUGGCUGCCUAGGCAGGGCCUCUGGGCUGGGCCGUCCUCUUGGCUUCUCCGCCCAGCUUGGGGCCCAGGGCUGGCGCUGCUGUGCCCGCACGUCUGUUUAUCCUGGUCCCCUCAAGGAGAGGGCCAGCUGAGGCCUGAGGAUGAGCAGGAAGGAACUGAAAGCAGGG